AUGAUUGGCCGUUUUAAAAGUUGUUUUGAGCACUGGAAAUUUGUUGUUCAAGAAUCAGCGAUUCUUAAGAAUAAAGAGCCUUUAGCCAUCAGAUUCUUCCUCUUUGCAAGAACCCAUAAAUUUUCAAUUAAAUUCAGUUUUGGAAAAUAUAGAGUUAAAUACCAAGUAGCCGACAAACGUGUCAUAGCGGUAAAGACAACUGUAAAGAACAUUUGGAAGCCGGCAUAUAUCAAGCCAUUACAAGAUCUAGUAGAUAUUAUUAAUACAAUUGUCACUCCCACUUUUGCUUUUAUCAAGUAUAUCUUUGUAAGUGAGUUGGUGAGAAAUAUCGAAUUUGACUUGAAAAGCUAUGUCAACAAGAGUUUUUUUUUUUUUGUUAAAGUAUUCUUGAGUCUUACCCUAAGACGAGUGCAAGAUGGUACCAAAUCUGGAAAAUAA